CCCACACGCUCACGCGCUCACACCGCCCACACACCUCGCACAGCUUGGCUUGCCCCCUCUGCGCACUCCCUCCACCUGUCCACCUCCCCACCUCCCACCCCUCCUCCUCGUCCUCCUCCACUCCUCCACUCGGACAAUCAUCCCAUCCCAUCCAUCUCAUCUCAUCCUCUGUCAUCUCAUCUCCUCCUCGAUAUCCCCCACCCCAUACCAUACCCUGCCUUUCAACUCUUACUUUCACUCUGCCCCAUACCCUUAAUCGCUCGACCUACCUAUCUCCUACACCCCCCCCCUCCUCAUCAACAUCCCAUAAUCACGCAGGUCUGGCUGGCUGCCUGCUGCUUCGUCUACAUCGUACUCGAUCACCACCAAACAGUCACAGCUUUGUCAUGUCGCAGUUUGAGGUCUUUGCGGAUCAACAACCAUGGGAACUGCAACAAGCUCCCCCCUCUCCCAUCGACCAACGUCACGAGCCCUCCCCCUUGGAACUAGCUCUCGCACGCACACGUUCCCCCUCAAUCUCCUCACCAACCUCCCCAACACGCCUCGACAGACAACUCUCUGGCGACCCCGAUUCUCCCCCACCAGCUUGGAAACGUCGUCCUUCUGUGAAUAACCAUCGACGCUCGGUCAACUCAAACUCGUUCAACACCGACUCUCAACCUCCUCCUCCUCCUCCUCCUCCUUCCUCGCCACCGAACGCUUGGUACGGCCCUAACACUCACCACCACCAAUCCCCUCCUCAUCCUCCUUUUCCUCAUCCUCAUUCGCAUCCUCAGCAACCUCGCCGUCAACCUCCCCCAAACCUUCAAAUGACACGUGCAGGCGUCGCUCAACGCUUGAUGCGUGAUGACGCUCAGACUCGUCCUCCCCGUCCACCGCCCGGCGCCUUUGGCAGGCGUCGUGCUGGCACCAACCCUGGAUCCGCCUCUAAUCGUUCUUCCAUGGCCAGCUACGAAGGUAUGAACAGCGAGGAACUGUGGUCUCUCGAAGACUCCACUCCCGACAUGAGCAACCCCACUCGUCCUUCCCAAGAGCGACCCCUCGACACUGUAAACCGCAUGUCAAACCGUUGGGACCCCGUUCCUCUCCCAGAAGCGCUCUGGCCCACCGCACCAAUGGACAUGCCAGACUACCUCCCUCCCCCAAAGACAAAGUCGUUGACAAACGUCGCUGGCAUGAGGAAACGUGGGACAUUGCGCAAGAGUGCUUCUAGGGCGUCGACGAUCGACAGCAGCUUGGCACCCAUGCAGCCCAAGGACGCCCUGUCCUCUGCACACUCGUCGUCCACAGACUUGUCGAUCAACAUGAACAAGUCUCAGGCGUCGCUUUCCUCUCGUCCGCAGUCAAUGAUGCUCGGGCCUUAUGGCUUCGAUCUUCUCAGCACGCUCGCCCCUCGUGAUGGAGGCUAUGCUGUUGCAGCUCAGUUGAGCCAGAACAAUACAUUCUCGCCCACCAGCUCUGGCGGGAGUGACCGAGGAUCCUUCUACGGCUCGCCUCCUCCCAACUCGUAUCGCCAGUCGCGCGGCCCUCCCACUCCGGUCAUGAUGCGACACGAUGACGACUUGUCGCUUCCUUUACCGGGGCGCCUGUCCACUGCAACCACGUCGUCCAAUCUGUCUACCUACUCUCAGGAUGAGGCACUCGACGGCACCGUGCCUACUUUGGCUGCAUCCCAGCUGUCGCAACCUACCAUGAAGAGUCCUCUCAGCCAGCACACCACGGCCGCAGAGGUAGCCAACAUGCACCCCCCGAUGACUCCCGUUGAAGAAAACUCGUCUCGAGAGUUCCCUUCACACGGCGCCGCCGCCGCCGCCGCCCGCAAUAUGCCUCAGAACCCCAACCCCACGUUCAUGUCCAAUGGUCCUUCCUCUCAGGCUGCCGGUGCUGCCGGUGCUGCCGGUGCUGCCGGUGCCGCCAUCGUUGGCGGAGCCGCUCUCAACAAGUCCAAGACAAAGAAGGAGCUCAAGGCCGAAGAGAAGGCAAAGGCAAAGGCCGCCAAGCUCGAGGCCAAACGCGAAGCUGAGCGACGUGUACAGGAGGCAGCUCGCCAGAAGACGGCCGCCCUCAAAGAGGCCGCCCGCUUGAAGGAAGACAAGGCCAAAGAAGCAGCUCGUCUCAAGGCCGAGGAGAAGGCUAGAGCCAAGGCGGAGAAGGCGUCCAAGAGACAGUCCAAGAUGUUUGGCAUGUCCAGCCGUUCCGCCAGCACGUCUGGUGCGCCCUCCCCAGCUGCGCAGUCCAUUCCUCCAUCGCCUGCUUCCCAGAAGCCCACACAGGCGCUGCAGGCACCCCCGCUGCAGUCUCGCCCUCCUCCUCCUCCUCCUCCUCCUCCUCCUCCGUCGCAGGCUCCGCCGCAGGUCCGCGCUUCUGUCCAACCGCAAGCGCCUGCUCCAUCGGCGCCUGUAGCCGGCCCAGUCCAGACUUUCCCCGUCCCACAUGGCCUUCCUAACGGCGCGGCGGCACCCGUCCCGCAUGGCCUUCCCAACGGUGCUGCUGCACCCGUUCCCGUUCCCGUUCCCAAUGGAGCGACGCUCAACGGUUCCAUUCCCAACGGAUCGCCCAUCGGCUAUGGCCCCCCUCCCGCUAUCGUCGUCCCGCCCCGCGGCAGCAGCAACAGGUUUGUGCAGACUGGCUCUGCCCCCGUCGCCGCCGCACCAGUCACUGCAACUGCAGCUGCCACGACUGCCGGUAUUGCGGGCGCCGCUGUGGUCGCUUCACACGUGCACAACCAACAGGGUCCUCCCUCGCCCCCGCGCCAGGCGGCAGCCCGCACUCCUUCGCUCCAGCAGACUUCCAGGGCGCCAGCGCCAGAGAGUGGGCAUAUGUCCAUGCCUAUGCCUCGCCCUACUCCUUCGCCCCAGUCUUCGCACCUCUACGCGGCUCCUCCUCGCCACAUUGGGCCCUCUUCGCCUCAGCCAUCGGUUCCGUCUACGCACUCGUACGCUGCCAGCUCGAUUGCUCCCUCUAGCGCCAGCGCGUCGGUGGCUGCCUCUCGCACCCGCACGCCCUCUGCCGUGAGCAUGACCCCGUCGAGUGCCCAGUCAGCCACCUCUUCGUCUCUUACCCCGACGAAGGCGACCACGGAUUCUGGCUCGGCCACGUCGACCGCGCCCAAGCCUAAGAAGAGUGGCCUGUUCACCAACAUCAAGAAGCGUUUCUCCAUGGCCCAGCUCGAUCAGCCGGUUACUCCUCCGAAGCAGCGCCCGGUGUCGAUGGUUAACGGCGGGCCGCAGAACCAGCAGCGUUCCGUUUCUGGCCCACCCCCGGCACCGGUCCACAAGACUGUCGCGCCUGCUCCUGCUGUGUCCGUCGUUGCACCCCAGCAGAACCUGAACUCGAUGCCUCCUAAGCCUCCAGCUAAGGACACAGCUGUUCCGAUGCCCACCCCUCCGAGCAAGCCAGCUGCACGGAUGGCCGCCAUUCCUCCCCCAGUCAUCGUUCCGCCUCGCCAGUCGUCUUUGGCCCGUGGCCCGGAGCCGCACUCUGACGCCGAGGACGGUGAUCACCACCGCCAGGCGUCGCUGUCCGACCCUUCCUCAGUCGUCGUCACUCCGACAACGAGCAUGGCAACCAACUCGUCGCCGUCGCUUUUUGAUGUGCGCCCUCACGCUAUGCGUGAGGACUCUGUCUCGGAGGGCGGCUACGAAUCCGCCGUGUCGGAUGCUAGCGGCAAGCCGCCUCUUCAGGGAGAUGUCGUUCCCACGCUGGUGCAGCAGCAGCCUGUUCACUCUGUGGCCGCUCACUAGAGAUCCCCACGGCGCCCACCAUUAUCAUCACUACACGAUCGCUUAUACCCCGCCAUUGUCUCCAAGCCCCGCGACGACAAUAUUUUGGUCGCGUUUGAGCUAUCUGUAUUCGGCUCCCAUUGGCCUUUCAAGGCCGGACACUUUUUUUGUAACGUUGCGGCACACAGUCUGGUUGCACUUUUUCUGUUUCCUCGUCAUGUCUUCGUCGCCCAUGCGCCCAUUCCAUCAUCCCAUGGUCGCCAAAAUCUCAUCGACUCUGCCCUCUCUCCAACACCUUUUACCACCCCACGACCCUCCGCGCCGCCAUAACACACGCGAGAACGCGAAUGAACAUUUGAAGCAGUAGUAGUAGUCUUCAGUAGAACUCUCUCUUUUGCCAGUCUCUCUGCCAGCAUAUACGGCGGGGACCAUGCAUGUGUGCGAAAUUGA